ACUAGCACUCACCGUAUCAUAUUUUCAUGGCUUUCAACACCCAAACACACCUUCUCUUUCUCAUUCUCUUUCUAUCCAUAUUCCCAUUGAAAUCUCUUUCAUGGAGUGCAGAAGAAAGUGAAAAAGAUUUCAAGAAAUGGCUGUCAUGGAACAUCGAAGACUACAGCAGAAAGGCUGUCGUGGGCCCAAAAUCCGUUACCAGGACAAACGGUGGCCAGAGAAUCAUAGAUGUGAAGUUGAGAAUGGCCGAAGAGAGGAGAAUAAAAGUAAGUGUUAGCCAAGAUGGGAGUGGUGAUUUUAUGAGCAUAGGAGAAGCUCUUGAUAGUAUUCCAAAGAAAAAUACAAGGAGAGUAGUCUUGGAUAUCAAACCUGGUGUUUAUAGGGAGAAGAUUGUGAUCCUGAAAUCACAACCGUUCAUCACGUUUUUAGGGGAUGUUGAGAGCCCACCGACUAUAACAGGAAACGAUACAGCUUCGGAAGUUGGAAAAGAUGGGAUACCUUUGAAAACGUUCCACAGUGCAACCGUUGCUGUCAAUGCUGAUUACUUCAUCGCAGCAAACAUAAAGUUUGAGAAUACAGCACCUCACCCUGACACUGGCUCAAUUGGAGGACAGGCAGUGGCCGUCCGCAUAUCAGGAAACAAAGCAGCAUUCUAUGAUUGCGGUUUCUACGGUAAUCAGGACACUCUCUAUGAUCACAAGGGGCUACACUACUUCAACAACUGCUUCAUCCAAGGGUCUGUGGACUUCAUCUUCGGAUAUGGGAGAUCCUUGUAUGAGAACUGCUUCUUGAACUCCAUCACGAAGAAAGUGGCAUCUCUCACAGCCCAAAAGCGAACUACGGCCUCAUUAGCGAGCGGAUUUUCAUUCAUAAACAGUGUGGUGACUGGAAGUGGCAUGGUGUAUCUAGGAAGAGCAUGGGGUGAUUAUUCGAGGGUCGUUUUCUCUUACACAUUCAUGGACAAGGUCGUCAUACCGCAGGGAUGGAAUGAUUGGGGCAUCCAAAAGCGCGAUUUGAGUGUAUACUAUGGAGAGUACAAAUGCAGUGGACCCGGUGCUAACUCGACGGGAAGGGUUCAUUGGGCCCGGUUGCUAACCGAUGAAGAAGUGAAGCCAUUCAUCGGGACACAUUACAUCGACGGCAAAAGAUGGUUGUUGGGCCCUUAGGAUAAUUAGCUCUCCCUCUUUCCUAUCUAUGAUGAAGAUGAAGAUGGGCCACAAAAACAAAGGUCUACAAUAAUGUAUUAAUAUUACUCAUGUAAUUCAUGAUCCUUGGAAUAAAUCAAAACUUGAU